AUGGAUGGAGAUGUUUACCUCCAUCCCAGAAAGAUGACUUUCUCCAGCUUCUGCUAUCCAGAAUGCGGGGUGGCCCAACCCAGUCCAGUCACUGGAAGCUGCAAUGAGCCAUGUGUUAGGCAGUGCCCUGACUCUGAAGUGGUGAUCAGACCCUCACCGGUUGUCGUGACCCUCCCAGGACCAAUUCUCAGCAAUUUCCCUCAGCAGAGCGAAGUGGCAGCCGUAGGAGCACCUGUGGUUGGAGCUGGUUUUGGAGGCUCAUUCGGUUUGGGGGGAUUGUACGGCUACGGAGGCCGUUAUGGAGGGUUGUAUGGUUUAGGGAGAUAUGGUGGUUAUGGGGGCCUUUAUGGUUAUGGGGGAUUAUUGGGCCAUGGGGGAUACUGCGGUUAUCCGGGCCUUUAUGGUUAUGGGGGAUUACGGGGAUACGGGGGAUAUGGCCGUAGGUAUCUUGGUGGAUAUUGUGGGCCAUGUUAAACCCAGCAGGAA